AUGUUGGCCAACAUACAAUCUAAGUUUCCAGCUGAUAACGACAACAGACCAUUCAGAUGUGAACUUUGUCAACGUGGAUUUCACAGACUCGAACAUAAGAAGAGACAUGUUAGAACACACACCGGAGAAAAGCCGCACGGAUGCCAGUUCCCCGGAUGUAACAAAUUUUUCAGUAGAACAGAUGAAUUAAAAAGACACGCAAGAACACAUAUUGGAACCUCUCAACGCAAGACAAGAAAGGUCAUUCCAAAGGCGCUAUCUAAAUCUAAUAGCGAUCCUCAGAUUUCUACCUUAAACAACACAAAAAAAGUUUUGAAACAGGAGAUCAGUACUCCGCCAAAGGCAUCGAUUACUCCUUCUUUAUCCGCUUUAUUACAUCACCAUGAUACACAUAUCUCAUCAAGAGCCAUACUUGGAGAUGCUACUUUACUGGAGAAACCAAUUUCAAGAACAAUGUUUCCACCUAGUUUACAAAAAGUUACUCAAAAACUCUUACCUAUAACUGUUGCUACACCAGAGAAUAAGUCAGCAGAGACAUCAAUACCAAAUUCUCCUAUAUCACAGAGUAAUUCGAUAUCCGCUUCCAGUAGUUCACUAUCAUUGAAUUCUCUGAUGAAUUAUAAUAACAAUCAGAUGUCAUCUGCUUCCUCUGUAUCAUCUUACUCAGAUGCCAGUUUCAGUUAUCUAGAUACCUCAUUGAAACUAGGUAAUAGAAGACGUGUCGAGUUUCAUUUAAUUGCUGAUGAAAACGACGAUGACCACAGUAAUAUAAGGCGUCAUAGUAACAUACCUAAUGGGGUUCAACUGCCCCCUAUUAAAUCUAUAUUGGAUAGUAUAGAUAGUUUCAACAACGGGGUUUCGCAACAAUUAAACCGUCCUCCUACAUACCAACAAGCAUAA